CACAGGAAUGACAGGAGGAAGCCGCCUUGCCCCACAUCCGCAUUUACUCAUUCAACUCAGUUCACUGGAAAACAAUAACGCCCUGGAUAUACGAGCUCCCGCGCAUCUGAUCUUUUUCUCUUUUUUCCCCCUUCGCAUUAUUUAUUUAUUUAUUAAUUUAUUAAUUCAUUAUUUGUUUUCCAAAGUUACCGUAUCCGUGGUGUCCAUGACUGUUUACAUGCAGUUUACAUGCAGGACCGAAUAAUGAUGCUGGAAGACUUGAGUGGGACACACACCAGACCAGGCAUCCUUAAAACAGGCUCGUUUAGCUUCUCGGCCCUGGCGACCCUGCCACAUUGCCUUCACAUGGACUCCAGUUCACACCCUAUCAGGAGGACUCUGUACCGGUUGAGGUUAGUGAGCUCUCCAAACCUGAGUCAGCUGGGCAAGAAUGAGAAGGCGUCACUGGAGGAGCGAGGAUCUGGGCCAAACGCCACAUGGAACAGCAUUCACAAUGCGGUUAUUGGUGUUUUUCAAAAGAAAGGCCUGGCUGACAACGAGCUUUACACACUCAAUGAGGGUGUGAGGCAGCUGCUGAAAACUGAACUAGGCUCAUUUUUUACUGAGUAUCUGCAGAACCAGCUGCUGACCAAAGGCAUGGUCAUUCUGAGGGACAAAAUAAGAUUUUAUGAAGGUCAGAAAUUACUCGACUCCCUGGCUGAGACGUGGGACUUCUUCUUUUGUGAUGUUCUGUCUAUGCUACAAGCCAUCUUUCACCCCGUCCAGGGGAAGGAUCCGUCAGUGCGACAGUUGGCUCUACUACUCUUCAGGAACACUAUCACUCUCAACAUGAAGCUGGAUGAAGCUCUGUCCAGACCACGUGCUCGUAUCCCUCCAUCCAUCGUCCAGAUGCUUCUCAUCCUCCAGGGUGUUCACGAGUUACAAGGUGUGACUGAGGAGUACCUGAAGCUGGAGUCGCUUAUUCAGAAGGUGGUGUCGCCCUACCUGGGAACACACGGGCUCUGUGCACAUGACUGCGACGCCACCCACUGUUCAUGCAUUAUGGAAAAUCGUCUGCAGUGGUGCUGGUCCAAACCAGCUGAAAUCCCCUCCACCAACCCAGUGGUGCGCUCGAAGAGCUACAACAUCCCCAUGCUCACACCCGUGGCCGAGUAUGACACAGAUGUCGGCUCUGUGGGUAGCGUAGGUAUCCGUCGGCACUCGGCCUGCGAGGUUACUUCCUGUAUGGAGCAGCAGGGCUUCUCCCUUUCCGUCAGCGUGGAGACAAGCUCCACACCCAGGAUUUCGCUGGACCAUGAGCUCACCUUACCUACAGCAAAGCGUGGAGCCACGGCACAGCCUGCUCUCAUCCUACCUUCCAUAUUUAUCCAAAACUCUACAGGGCCUUUACACACUCAGACAUCUGUCUCGGAGACGGAUAAAGCUGUAUCUUCACCCACUAGCUGUUCCUCGAGUCCAGAAACCAUUGUCAUGCAGGGUGUAGACUCUGUGGAUUCUGAUCAGGAUGGGAUAUUCAUCGACUUUUCCCAUUGCCGCUCGGACUCUUUCGGCACCGUCAGGAAGACGAGCUAACUUGUGCAACACACUGAAUUCAACCGUAUGAUUUAGUUAAAUCACUACACAUAAGGUGGGUGUUGAUAUUGAAAUUUUUACAUCACAUGGGUUGCCUGUGUGAAUAAUGGGAGAGCCUUUUAGAUGUAGAGAACAGCACUUCCUAAUCUUUUUUUUUUCUUUCUUCAAAAUAAGAAACCUGAGAAGACAAAUGUCCUUACGCUGCUUUCCAAAUGGGACAGUCUUUAGUCUUUACCUCGGGAGCACAAAUGCUGUGCAGAAAUGCUUACUUUUUAGGGAGCCUCCUCACGAAAUAAAACGCAGAGCUAGUGAUGUGUAUGCUGAAUAUCACACUGUACUGUAUGACUGUUUAUCGGCAUUCAAACUGUGGUUGGCCAGACCUCAAUUUGUGAAAAAAAACUUAUACUGUGUUAGAUGUUUUUUUUGUUUGUUUGUUUUUUAUAGCAAAUAUUUUAUAAGACAUAUAUAACCUGUGGAUGUACCAUAUGUUUUCAGGAUUUUUAUCUUGUCUUAUAGGUACCUGCCAUCACAAGGAAAAUUUAAUUUGCUUCCAUGAAAAUAUGAAUGACUUUCAAAUCUGAAAUAUGUGAGAUCACCCGGCAUUAUCAUUUCAUUCAUGCCUGUGCCUUUAUCAUUAUGGCACAGAAAGAUGCAAAGCCUAUGAACAGUCUUAUGAUUUAAAGAAAAACUUUAGAUGUGUGUCUAAGAACAUGUGAUUUCACAUGUUUAACAAAAUCAUGUAAAAUUGUUGUGGAGUUUUGUGUGUGUAUGGGUUUCGUUCGGUUUUGUUAUUGUUUUGCACUAAUGCAAAAAUGAUUAAGGGUAAAAAGAAAUCAUGCAAAAUGUCAGCGACAAUAUGAUUUAAUAUGCUCCAAAUGGAAAAAAAAAACAUCAGCUCAUUUUGCUUCCGUUAACUCAUUUUUAUUUGCAUCUCUACAUAUAUAUAUUUUUUACAUUUUUAUAAACAUUAAAAUACAUAUUCAACUCAGAAAUAUUAGUAUUACUUAAUAUGCAAACUAUUCAUUUUUCCUGCUUUUAACUAUACAUAUUGCUUAUUUCCUCAGACAACUGGACAAAGUUUAAAUCAAGCUGCUUAACAGCAUUAAAUAACAAGGAGGAUACAAUAUUUAGGAAAAUUAUACAGGACAUUCUCAAUUUGUAAUUGAAAUACUUGUGUUUAAAUUGUAUGCAGAAAAUGUGAAACUUUUUAUUGUAAAUAGGUUAUUUAAUUGUUACAUUUCUAUUAAAAAAAGAUGUAACCAAGUUUUUAGAGAAUAUUUAUAAAGUUGUCAUAUUGUUACAUGGUUAUG